ACCGUGUCUGUAGAGUGUGAGGCCUGUGAGGCUGUAUUGGGGCGGGUUGAGAACACGGUACAUUUUCUUGGUAAGAGAUAGCGGAACGAAGGACGUGAUACUUCCCAGAGUGAGGCUUUUUCACUACAUUUUGGACUUCGUGAUCCCUGCGUAGUUUCCUAAAUAUGGAACUGUCCCGACUGCAUUCGCGCUCUUAUGGUAAUCGGUGUUCAAAAUGUCGGAUGCGUUUUGGUGUUUGUUUUGCCGUGUGUUUGUUUGGUUUGUUCUUUUAAGGGUUUUACCCCCCCCCCCCCCAGUGUCAGAGAUCCUUAGUGAGUAAGCACCAAAAUGGUCCUUCUCCUCUACUUUUGUUCACUUGUUCGCUUACUUUUAGUUUGCGAUUCAUUUUCAAUUUCUCAUUUGCUUUAUGUAGAGGAUAAUUUAGAGUAACGUCCAGGACGGAGUUUGUAUUUAAAUGAUUCAAGUUCGUUUCAACCUUGUCUUUGGUAAGGAGAUUUUACAUUUUUGCAUAUUUAUUUUUGGGGGUAGUGGUGCUGGCUGGCCCAAUGCGCGGGUGCGGGUCAGUUUUAGGGUUGGAAGUAAGGAGCCAAACGUUUGGCGGGGGUGGAGUGGGGGGGGGUGGUGGUCAGGCUGAACCACGUCUCAGGAUCCCCUCCUACAGCUCCAUCCCGGGGUGGAAAUGUCAUGGCGAAAAUGUGGCUUCCACGGGGAGAUCUUUCCCGUUGGUCACUGGCCCCCAUCCGAUCUUUCAGACAUCCUUAGGGCCAGAGCCCUGGCCAGAGUUAGGAUUAGGUCCCAGGAGGCCCCAGGCGCCGAACCCCCUCAGUGAAGUGGUCUCCCCGGGGGGCUGAGUGGAGGACACAUGGGAGGUUGCGGGUCAGGCUUUGUCUCCGCCCUCAAGGGCCCAUCUAGAGUGUGGGUCACGCGUAGGUCGGGCCUCAUUUUCCUCCUGGCGCAGUCGACGACCCUGCUUUGGAAAUGUCAUGGAGAUCUUCCCAAUUCCACGCUGAAUCAUCCCGCGCUGGUUUUGGGGGGAAGGGGGGAACCACACCAUUAUGGACUCACAGAAACUGGAUUUACUCUCUUGUCUAUAACAACAAAACAAAACCACACAAGAUAUACAAAAUGCAGAUUUCCAAGAGACUGGGCAUCAGGCAAAAGAGGACGGCAAUUCCAGACACUUGGAAACACACAGUAGGAUAACCAGGAGAAAAGUUGAUGUUUUGUUGUCAUCUUGGGGAACUGGUAUUUCAUUUUGAUUGAGCAUAAGCAAGCAAUUCAUUUCUGCCCAAGAGAGCCAAAAAGAUUCCUGCAGCCAGAAGAGACCACAGAGAUACUGGGGUUUAACUUCUUGGGCCCACGUUGAGAAUCUCCAGCAUCAAAAACUUGGACAGACUGUGGCGAAGUUCCAGGCAGAGGCUGUGGAGACAUACCUGGGGCCAAGGUCCACACUAACCCUGUUGGUACCCUGGGACCACAUGAGGAUGCUGCUGUGGCUUCUUAUUUUCCCUGUGUGGGAUUUUGGGGCUUGGGGGGAUUCCCCACUGUUCUCCUGGAAUGAAACCCAAGCCAGAGGAUUAUCAGAGGGGCUUCUAGACUUUUUUGUUGGCAUCUCUCAGCUCAUUCACAAGGGUCAAAAUGAAGCUCCCACCAUUGUCUCCCGCAAGGAGUGGGGAGCGAGAUCACAGACCUGCAGGGCCCAGCUGACACAACCUGUGGCCUAUGUCAUCAUGAACCAGAUCACAGGGAUGGAGUGCCAGGAGCAGGAUGUUUGCAGCCAGAGGCUUCGGGGCUUUCAGUCCCAUUCUGUCUACACCAAAGGCUGGUGCGAUGUGGUCUACAACUUCCUGAUUGGGGACGAUGGCAGGGUGUAUGAAGGUGUCGGCUGGGAUGUCCAAGGCAUGCAUACCCAGGGCUACAACAACAUCUCCCUGGGAAUUGCCUUCUUUGGCAAUAAGAUAGGAAGCAGUCUAAGCCCUGCCGCCUUAUCAGCUGCAGAGGACCUGAUAUCCUAUGCCAUCCAGAAGGGUCAUCUGUCACCCAGGUAUAUUCAGCUACUCAUCUUGAAUGAAGAGGUCUGUCUGGUCCCUCAAAAGCCAGUGAUGCCUAGGAAAGCUUGCCCCAACAUCAUUUCACGGUCAGUAUGGGAAGCCAGAGAGACACACUGCCCUAAAAUGAGCCUCCCAGCGAAAUAUGUCAUCAUCAUCCAUACCGCUGGUACAACCUGCAAUGUAUCCAUGGAUUGCCAUAUUCGUGUCCGAGAUAUACAAUCCUUCCACAUGGACACACAGCACUUCUGUGACAUUGGAUAUCACUUCCUGGUGGGACAGGAUGGUGGUGUGUAUGAAGGAGUUGGCUGGAAUAUCCAAGGCUCUCACACCUAUGGAUACAAUGAUAUUGCCUUAGGAAUUGCCUUCAUAGGCAACUUUGUAGAAAAGCCGCCCAAUGCUGCAGCCCUGGAGGCAGCCCAGAACCUGAUCCAGUGUGCAGUGGACAAGGGGUAUUUAACUCCCAACUACCUGUUGGUGGGGCACAGUGAUAUUGUCAAUACACUGUCUCCUGGGAAAGCUUUGUACAACAUCAUUAAGACUUGGCCUCAUUUCAAACACUGAAGGAGCCCCUGCUCCUUCUGAGAUUGCUUCUCCCACCGGGCUACUAGGUCUCCCCUGUCCUCACCCUCUAUCCUGACUCAAUACCUGGUGUUGUCCCCUCCAUGUCAGCCCCAUCCUGCCCCUCCUUUCUCAGGUUAGGAUGAUCCUCUCCUGCUAGAACCACCCGCCAGCAGCCCCAAACCCUAGAGCUGGGCAUACCCAGCCUUUGAGUGAGCCCCACCUUCCUCACUGCUCAUUUUCUCCUCCCCUGGGCGCCCAGCUCCUAAGCCAGGUGGGAAGAUGGGCUGAUCCUUGUUUGACUUCUCAUUCCAUCUCUGGCUGCCCCUCUGCCCCAUGUACCUUCCCCUGCCAUCUACCCAGCAGCCCCCAAGCUUCACACACGACCCAGGUCAAGGCCCAAAGCCCCUAUCUGCUCACACACCCACUUGUCCCCAUGUGGAUGCAGCCCUUAUUUUAGGGCUCAUUGCUUACAGGUGUGGUUGUUCUCUCCACUGGAUUGUGAGGCUCUCCAGGUUUAUUUGCCCCCAUGUCCUUGAUUCCUCAGCAGUGGCUGGAGUCUUGUGUGUGCUAUAGAUGUUUGUUGGAGAGGUGGAUGAAUAAACAAAUGUGUGUGUCAAGUCCCUGCUUCCCUUUCCAAUCUGUUCCACCAGCCCUUCUUUUUGGAGACACCUUCUGGGACUGUCCCCCAUCCUGCCAUUCUCUCUCUGUUGUUGCCCCUCCCAGUCUGAGGCUCAGAGCCAGCUCUUGUCGCUUAUCUAUAAUGGUGCCACUAGGGUACUGUGUCCUGUCCACCCCAAGUUCCCGAGGGCAGACAGUAGUCCUCUAGGCCCAACUGGGCUGUGUCUACACAAGCCACCUGUGCCUGCAGCCUUCCCUUGCCCACCUGUGCCCACUGGCCUUAUGUCUACAGGGCUGUAGACUUCCCCAUCUCCCCCAGAACUCAUCAGGGCCUCAAAUCAACAACACUGCAUGGUCUGGAUUACUGUCUCCUCCAUAUUAUUGACUUUUAUUGGUCUCACCCACACAAUCUGAGUAAAAGCAGAGCACUCAGCUGUCAAAUGCUUUUUUAAAGGCAAAUUCUGAGGCAGCCCAUUCUGUUCAGUUGGCUCUUCUGAGUCCUUGGUAUAGAAAAUUUCUUCCCAACUCCCCUUAAUCAUGUGAAGCGGGGUUCAUAGUACCCCUCACCACAUCAGAGGAUUGUUGUGAGGAUUAAGUGAAUUAAAAUGUGUUGAUGUCUAA